AUGUGUGACUUGAGUGCACAAGUUAAUGUGUGUAAUCAUGUUUGUGACUCUUGGUUUGUGGAAUUGUCCCACAUUUUGGCAAGGCUUCCUGUCAAUACCGUACUGGAAUUCCGAGUUGUGUGCACAUCCUGGCGCACUUACAUCAAUUCCCCUUCUUUCAUCUCCAAGCAUCGAAAUCUUUACAAUAAAAACCAUUCCAAAAAUUCCCAUUUACUUAUUGCAGAAAGUACUAGACAACUCUGCCUACAGCGUGUUACCAACGAUCAGAUAUUAACCACUCUUGCUUUUCUUCCUCCUUUUUCUCCUGAUAUUAUCAUACCAUUGAUUUGGGAAGCCUGUAAUGGGUUAUUUCUAGUAAGCGUACAUGCUGAUCAACAGGGUAUAUGUUUGUGGAUUCCCUUUCUCAGAAAAUCUUUGAUUCUUCCACCUUGUCCAAUUGUUACUCCCUUUCUAUUUGCUCAUUAUGUUAUAGGAUUUUCCCCCUCUUGUGAUGAAUAUAAGGUGCUUGCCUUUCGAAUUCAUACCAUCAUUCAGGGUUAUGAGUAUGAGCCGGCAAUGGCAGUUUAUUCACUUAAAAAUCACCUUUGGACUAUUAAAAUCAAUCCAAUGAAUGUCGAUGCUUGGACUUCAUUAAGGGACCCUUUUUCUUGUGACCUAUAUGUUUAUUGUGGAGGGAUAGUUUACUGGUUUACUAAAGUUGAUCCCGAAAUUAUCCACGCUUUUGAUUUUAAUACAGAAGAAUUCAAAAAUGUGCCAGUACCUGAGCCAUUGAAAGAAAGCAAGAAUUUAGUUCUUUUCACCAUCGGCGAGUUGUUAGCGGUUAUAUCAUUGCCCUGCAUAUUGGUUUUGGAAGAGCAUGAUGUAGAGUACAGAUGGAGAGAAUGGUGUUCGGACUCUUGGAUUCAAAAUGUUUUUGAUAUAUUGGAAGAGCACUAUUCAUUUACUCCUAAGGUUUUCUUUGUUGAGGAGAGCAAUACAUUUCUAAUCAUUGGGUUUUGGGGUAGAAUACAAUUUUAUGAAAUUUCAAGUAAGAAGUUAGAAUUGUUGAGGAAUGGAGAUGCUAAUUUUCUUUUCGGGGGUGCUUAUGUGGAGACUUUAGCGUUGCUUACUGGAAACGAAGGGAUGAUUUUCGAACCUUUCCCUUAA